AAUUAAGUAGUUUGUAUAUUUGAUAGUUAAAAGAUCGAAGAAAAUAAAUUUAAUAAAAAUGUCUACAAAAUUUGAACAAACUGUAAUGUAUUCCCAAUUGCAGCCAUGGAGUACGGCAGGCGCACCGCCCUGCAUGGAGCCCGUGACGGGUCCAUCCGUCCCACCGCGCGUUGGCCUAACUUAUCAGACAAAUCGUCCGCAUCCAUGGCGACCGACAUUGGCUUACGAAAUGAUUGAGGUCAAGAACUUAGCUGAGCAACCAGUUACCAAUCAGCUGGUGAAACCAUGCUUCUCACCCACUGGCAUGACCACUGAACCUAUGAAUUUUCCCAACUUGGUAACGGGAUUCGAACGCAAUCCACAACACGCUGCCCGUGCGGCGCUCUACACGCGCUACACCAGCAACGAGUGGGCCAAUAACAAUUUAACCAAAUAUGCAGAGUCCAAUAUUAAUAGGAAUCAGGCAGAGCGCCUACGCAAUGAUGCAGUGCGUCUUAUGCGCGAAACCGAUGAGAAGACUUCGCAAGGGCAGCGUGAUGCCGGACGGCGUUUGGGUGAACGUAUAACAGAUGUAACAUUUUGGCGCAACGAAUUGAGCACCGAAUUGGAUAAAUUGAUUUCGGAGUCAUCGGCGAUAUCCGAAUUGAAGCGUCGUUGUGGCAAAGCCAUGCUCGACUUGGAGGCGCCAUUACAUAUAGCACAAGAGUGCUUGUACCAUCGUGAGGCGCGUGCGGGUGUGGAAAAGGUACACGAUAUGGCUGAAAAGGCGCUGCUCUUAGAAAUAGAUAAUAUAAGAAAUUCGCGCGAUAAACUUAAGGAUUUGCAGGAGAGGAUCACAAAGCAAGCGAACGACUGCCGCGCCGCUCAGCACCUGCUAGAGGACGACGUUGCGCACAAAGAGUCAACGCUGGGCAUUGAUACCGUUUGCCACCAAUUGAAUAACUACAGUCGCGGUAUUACCUACUAUGGAGGUAUUGAAAAGUACGACCCCAGCAUCAGUACACAAGAGUCGUGGGCUGAGGCGAGCAGCCAUCGUGUUAGCAGAUCGCAGGCCGAGCGCGCCAAGCUCUCCCAACUGCGCAGCGAUGCCGAAACGAUCGUCAAUGCGGUUGCUCAAUCUGUAUGGGAUCAUUGGAGUAAUACGAAUAAUGCUUUGGAUCGACGAGCACAAGAAAUGAACGAAUCGAAAAAUAAGAUACAAUUACAUUUGUAUAAGGUGCAACAGGAAUUGUUCGAUUUGGAAAAACAUAUUUUCUUGCUACAAAAAGCCAUACAAGACAAAGCGCAUCCAUUGAGGGUAGCGCAAACUCGUCUGGAAGCGCGUACGCACCGCGAGGGUAUGGAGUUAUGCAAGGAUUGGGCACAGUUGCGUUUGGUGCAGGAAGUACAGGAUCUUCAGGAUACUGUUAAACAGCUUCAUCAUAAGUUGCAAGAAGCCGAGGCUCAGCAUCAGAAUCUGCUAAAAACUCGCUCAACACUCGAGGCUGAUUUGCGGCGCAAAGUGAAUGCAUUGUUUAUUGAUCGUGAAAAAUGUAUGGGAUUGAGACGCUCUUUUCCCGUAAAUAAUUUGAUUAAAUACUAA